AUCAUGAUCUCAACCCGUGUUAGUCUCCAAUGGAACGAUGAUGCUCCAGAAGAAUUGACCAGUACCAUGGCCAUGACCUCCCGCAACAACCACUUCGUUGAUCUCAGAGUUUACAAGAAGAACUACCCAUACCACCCACAACAGCCAGAACCAUUCAUUGAAGAUGUGUUCCAAUGGGUGAUGUGUGGUAUCGAGCACCCAAUCGAAGGCACUGGCAAGAUCAAGUUUGUGACCACCAUCGACUCCAGCUCCAUUGCUCCAGCCAUCAAGCUGGGUGGCCCAGUGGUUCCUGGUCCUCCAGAUAUCGGAGACUUCAGCGACAUCGAAGGCAGUCUUGACAGAAAGGAAGUCGGUGAGAUGAUGAGCCCAGACACCGGCAAAUUGGAGUCUUAUGUCGAGAUCUGGAGAUCGCUCGACGCCGAAAACCACACUCCUGAGACCGAAGUCAGAGAGGGUGCCAACAAGGACGACGUGGAGUGCAAGGUGUUGGAGGUGGUGGAAGACGAGACCUACCACGGCAAGCUUAUCCAAUUGGGCAACUGGCUCCAGGGUAUUGUGCACAACAAGAAGAACAACGAUCUUCACGUCAUCAGAGCCUUCAAGGAGGCCGAUGGAUGGAGAGAGAUGAUCGGGUAUGGAAACACCGAGUUCUUCCCCUUGGACUCCGAGCUCAAGAGAGCUGAGGUCGAGUGGAAGAGAAUCGAAUAG